AGAAGAGAAUAGAGAGCCGUAUGUAUGGGGGCGCGGCGGCCCAAGUAAAGAAGAGAAGCUAAUUCACUUUCCUUCCCGCUCUCAUUUUAAACGCACUUCACGCGCCCCUCUCUCUCCUCUCUCCUCUCUCCUCUCUCUCUCUCUCUCUCUCUCUCUCUCUCUCUCUCAAAUAUGUAGCAAAAAAGAAAUGAUGAAGUUAGUAAAUCUAAUCGAGUGUAGUUUAUAGGGUUCAACAACUUCUUCUUCUUCUUCAAUAUUAAUAAUCAUCCUCAUAAUGGAUUCUCCAGAACCUUCUAACAUCAAAACCACUUCUUCUUCUUCUCUCUCCACUCUCAAUGCUUCUUCUUCUCAAUCCCCUCAACUUCAAGAAUCUCCCUUUUUAAGAUUUGUCAACACUCUAUCUCCAAUAAAGCCCAUCAAGGCUACACAUGUCGUACAUGGUUUUCUUGGACUCAAUUCUCCACCUCUUGUUUUCAAGUCGCCGCGCAUUAGUGGUCUCCGUGAAACACAAUACUUGGAAAGACCUCAAGGCACCCAUUUAUCCGAUGGUGGAAUAUCUCAAAGUGACAUUGGAGGCAACAGUAUUGUUGAAGCUCGUGGUCGUUUGGAGAAAUUGAAAACUCAACAGCCACUUUUAGAGGGUUUUAUAACAGACACUCCAAAGGAUUUUGACAUCAACAUUGAUGCGAAUACCCAAAGCUGCAGUCCUCCACCAUCUGUUGAUAAAUAUUUGGCCGAUCCUGAGGAUGAUCAAAUGUAUUCAGUCAACCCAGAAAUGGAACAGUCUACUGAUGCAGCAGUUGAGUCAUCACUAACUGAGUCAAAGAAAGUUAUAUUAAAAUUUGAUAAGGAACAUGGUCCUAGUAACAGAGCAGAAGAACUUUUGCCUUUGUCAGAGGAAUCUAAUAUGGUUCAUCAAGAAAGGGCAGCAUAUGUUGAAGAACCUGCAAACGUAGAAGGUGAAAGAAAUGGUGCUGAAUGGAUUUCUCAAGAGCACACAGUCUUAGACUCCAGUUCAGGUGCAGAUGUUUUUGAUCAACAUCAUUAUCAUGAUUCACAUCCCCAGUGUGCAGGAAAUGAUCAACGGCAUCAUAGUGACUGUACGCCUCAAUUGAUGCCUGAUCAUAACCAGGUUGUUAAAGAAUUCGAAAAUUGCAAUGAGAUGGUGUCAACCUCACAAGUAAAUUCAGAGAAUAUCCCACAAGAUGGUUCUGAGGCUAGUUUAAAGUAUCAUAGCAUCCGUAGACGCUGCCUACAAUUUGAGGAAGCUGCUUCCAUUGAUCUUGGAGGUACCAAGUCUCAUGUGAAAUCGAAUGCAACUUCAAGCAACAUGAAAAUGGUUCCUGUGACAGGUUCCAAACCACCAGGAAUUGGGUUGCAUUUAAAUAGCAUUAUAAAUGCAAUGCCAGCUAGUGGUGCUUCAACUACAGCUGUGAGAUUAUCUAAUGGUUUACAGGGGAUAAAAUCCAAACCUACUAUAAGUUUGCAUAAAGUGGAAAACGUGACACAAUCCUCAAUUUUGUCCAAUAUUGAUGGUCAGUCAGUUAUUGAUGCUAGAAAUGAGAUCCAUGAAACUGAUGCUUCGGUAGCUGCAGAUUCUUUCAUUUCCGAGUCUUCUAUCUUGACAGAACCUAUCGCCCUAUAUCCGGAAAAUGCACAUGAUAAGAGGAGACUAAGUCCUACAGAUACCGAAAAUACUGAGGAAUUCAACCAUCCUAGCACCUCCAAGAAAAAGAAGAAAACAAUUACUGAUGAUGGCGGUGGUUCUAAGGGGUGCCACUGUAAGAAGAGUAAAUGUUUGAAACUUUAUUGUGAUUGUUUUGGCGCCGGAAUCUACUGUGGCGAAGGUUGUGCUUGCCAAAGUUGUGGUAAUAGAAUAGAAUUUGAGGAGAAAGUUGUUGAGACGAAGCAACAUAUUGAAUCACGUAAUCCAAAUGCAUUUGCUCCCAAGAUUGUACAGUGUGUAGCUGAUGUUCCAUUAAAUAAUAUGGAAGAUGUGAGUAUGACGACACCGGCAUCAGCUAGGCACAAAAGAGGUUGCAACUGCAAAAGGUCAAAGUGCACUAAAAAAUAUUGUGAAUGUUUUCAGGCUAAUGUUGGAUGCUCAAGUGGAUGCCGAUGUGACGGAUGUAAGAAUGUCUUUGGCAAGAAAGAAGAUUAUGUGGCAAUUGAACAUACUUCGAGCAUAGAAACGGAGAGCAGCAUUAUUGAAGAAGGGUUGGAUGACAAACUGUACAAUAGACAGAAAAUGGUGGUAAGCAGGACAGGCUUGUUACGAGCACCUAAUCACCUCUCACCUCUAACACCAUCGCUGCAAUGCUCCGACCAAGGCAAGCAAGCUGCAAAGUCCAGACUUGCUUCUGCAAAUUGGACUAAAUCUUCCAAAAAAUCACGCAGCAGUCUUGCACAUACGGCGAGGAAUGAUUCUCAAAAGAAUGCACCUCCAUGUGUUUCGCUUAAAGAAAAUGAGUGGACAGAUAUUGUACCAUACCAACCGUCCAAUGUAUGUGGCAUUCGCCAGUUAUCUGGGGGCUCUCUUCGUUGGCACAGUAGUUCACCAAUUACCCCAAGCGCUAACUUUGGUGACGAAUCCAAUGGCAAGCUCUUUGACAUUCUAGAAGAUGAAACACCUGAUGUAUUGAAGGAAACAUCAACUCCCAUCAAGUCCGUGAAAGCCAAUUCUCCAAUCCAUAAAAGAGUUUCUCCUCCACAGAGUCAUCUACUUCGGAUUGGAUCAAGCUCUUCAGGAGGUGGCUUGAGAAGUGGCAGAAAAUUUAUAUUGCAAUCUGUUCCUUCUUUCCCGCCGUUGACCCCUUGUGCUGAUUCCAAGGUCAAUUGCAAUAGCAAUGAGGAUUCGAGUAACAAUGCAAAGAAAGUGGCAUAAUCCUAAAGCUAAAGAAUGCUCUCAGAUGUGUGUAUAAUGCUUAGCAUCUUGUCCGGUUACCAGAUGACUUAUUGUGUGAACAAUCAAUGCCAACUUGAAGUUAUGACUGAAUCGUCUUUCCAAUGUGUAGUAUUCCUUUAUAUUUGUACACAUUGAAAAUUGUCGUUUAGAAGUUCUUUCUUGGAACAGAUUCUGAGUAGUAGUAUAUUUUUCUUGCCCCCACCUUCUAUUGGAUAAGACUGAAUGCUAUUGCAUAUUCUCAAAUGGAGUCCCGUCCUUUAAGGGGAGUGGCCGUGUCAAUUAGUUAGGCUUCAUAAAACAUCAGUUAUUGAGUACAAAACUGAUUAUAUAUAUUGAUAAUUAGUAUUGAGUGUUUUGACAAUAAGCCAAGCCAACUCAAAGUUAGUGUGGACUUGAUUUGACAGUUAACUUGUGGAGUUCAAUUUAUGAGCUACUUGAGUUGAACUCAAGCUGAAAAUUGGGAUCAUUAAAUAAAUGAUUGAACUUGAGUUA